GUUGGUAAACAUAAGCAUUAGCAGCAGUUUCAAUAAUUGAGUUAUAGAUUUGAUUAAAUUUGUUACUUUACAAUAAAAAAGUUGUACAAAAGAAAAAAAUAGUGCGCAAAAUGAGAGAAUCUGCGGACGUAAAGCCCGAAAUACGCUACGACAAUUACAAUCACUGGGUUGAGUUCGACAAAAAAUAUUCUCGAACACGAUGUAAAAUGGAUGGUUGUAAAAAGUCCACUCAUGCCUUUUGUACCAAAUGUGAAAUUCAUCUGUGCUCCUCAGUAAAUUAUAAUUGUUUUCGGUCUUUUCACACACUCAAGAAAGAAGAAAAAGUGAAUGUCAAGAAGACAGUGAAGCAGCCAAAACAAAUGAGAUUGAAAAAUACUGGUGCGAAACCAGUUGACAACACCAAAAGAAGUUCGCAUCGUCGAAAAUCCAUCAACAAUCGAAGUGGUAGCAGAAUAGUCACCAGCCCAAACACACCGCGAUUCAAAACCAAUAUCGACAACUUGACUCACAAAAAUCCAUCAAACAAAGCGCAUCGGAAACAAGACCCGUGUCAAGAAUUCGGCUAUUUGAGUGAACCAUCAGAUGAAGAGGAUGCCGAAACGCCGAAGAUUCGUUUUGUGAAUUUUACAAGCAUUCAUAAUGACACAGCGAUUAAGAGUGAAAUAGAAUGUCCUGAAAUUGAGUUCAUUGAUAUGGAUAACUAAUUUUUUUUUUUGAAUUUCAAUCGAAUUUCAUUUUUUCGAGACAUUUGUGAAUUUAUCGAGAGUAAAAGUAAAACGAUCUUAUAGAUAGGAAACAUUAGGCUUAAAUUUAUCAAAUAUCAAUCACUUGAUUAUAUGACUUGAUUGUUUUUCUUCUUCGGAAUGUAUUUUAUUAUUUUCAUUGAACAUUUUAUGGCAGUCUGUUGUGAUGACAAAUGUAACCAUCAUAUUAUUAUAUACUCAAUCAAGCGCAAAUUCUCACCAUAUCCGUCAGGAAAACAGUAAAUCAAGUACAUAAUACAUAACUUUAUUCAAUUUUCGAUUCUUGACUCAAAUAUCUUUAAAUAAUAAAAUUUCAGAGACGUUCAUAUUAUUAUUGAAAAUGAUAUUUUUCAUUUACUCAACGUAGUCGUUUACAAUAUGUUUUCUCUGUAAAAAGAGAUAAUAUUUAUUUUCUCGGUCAAGAAUGGAAAAAGUGUUUUAACUACCGCAACAAUUCUUGAGUUUAAUUUACAUAUUUUAUAUGAAUUAUUUGGGCUGCUUUUGAUUCCGUUAACACAUUAAAUGGGUCCCACAGUCAUCGCCUCGUAUGUGUUUGACUUUAUUUCAGUCAUGUCAAUAUUACCUUUCUCAAGCCAAUGUCAGUUUGAAUCAGUUCAUGCGCUCGCAAAUAGAAUAAUCAUGUAAGUGACAUUGAACGUAACAUAAUCUGUUAGACAAUCGAAUCAACCCAACACACACACAAAAAGCAGUAGUACUAGAAUUGUUCGAUUGAAUUGGUAUAUUGCAAAUUUACCAAUAGUUGUUAAAAUAUCCAUUGGUAUUUUCAUACAAUCGUCACUACAACAGCAUAGUUGACACUUGUUUUGGCGCGAUGGACCAAAUGUCAACUGCGCUGCUAAAUUUGCAAUAUACCAAUACAU